AAAGGAACAAACCGAUAUGAAGCCCUCGCUUCCGGUUAAGCCUCCUUUUCGGCAACGGCUAUUUCCUCGCCAACAUGCCACUCGCAAAAGACUUGUUGCAUCCGUCCCCCGAGGAGGAGAAGAGGAGGCACAAGAAGAAGCGUCUUGUCCAGAGUCCUAACUCUUACUUUAUGGAUGUGAAAUGUCCAGGAUGCUACAAGAUCACGACGGUGUUCAGUCACGCUCAGACAGUUGUGCUGUGUGUUGGUUGUUCCACAGUCCUGUGUCAGCCCACUGGAGGCAAAGCACGUCUCACAGAGGGGUGCUCAUUCAGGAGGAAGCAACACUAGCUGUUCUCCCCGGAGCUUUGAAGGGGAGAGGAGGGGAUGGACCGGUUGAUAUCAGCUUCUGGACCUAGUGGUCUGCUCACAGAGAGAGACCUGAAGGCAGCAGAUGAAUUUCCACUGUUCACGCUGACACAGAUCAGUUGAUGCUGUAACUCCACCCUCCAACCCUGUCUCUCUUUAAUAAAAAUUGUUUUGGCUAAA